AUGUCGUCAGAUGCUCAGGUGGCGCCGAGCCGCAUGACUCUCCAGGUCGCCAAACAAAAGAAGAAAGGAGCCUCGCAGGGGUAUCAACUGCUGAAGAAAAAGAGCGAUGCUCUUUCUGCCCGUUUCCGUGGCAUGCUAAAGGAGAUUACCAAGCUGUCCAUUGGUGACACAAUAAACGAGGCACACUUCUCCAUGGCUAAGGCGUCCUGGGCCGGCGGAAAUGACCUUAGGGAGCAGCUCAUGCAGCGUAUCAAAAGACCCGCGGUGUUCGUGACUGCCGCUUAUGAUAAUGUGGCGGGGGUGCGGCUUCCAGUCUUCCAAAUAACCACCGACCCCACCGUGGACAUCCUCAAGAACAUCAACCUCUCCGCCGGCGGCCACGUGAUUCUGGCGGCGCGAGAUAAGUACCAAGAAGCCCUAGCGGAGCUGGUCAAACUGGCAUCUCUUCAGACAGCCUUUUUCACGUUGGACUCGGAGAUUAAAAUGACCAACAGACGCGUCAAUGCACUCAGCAACGUGGUGCUCCCCAAGCUUGACAAAAGUAUAAAUUACAUAACGAAGGAAUUGGACGAAAUGGAGCGAGAGGAAUUCUUCAGGCUGAAGAAAAUCCAAGAAAAGAAAAGGCUGGCAAAGGAGGCAGAGCAAAAGGCCCUGGAGGAGGCUGGAAAGGCCCUGAAAGCUUCUGGCCUACUGCCUGAAACUAUCCUGGGGGAGGACGACGACGACCUUGUUUUCUAA